UACCAGGGACCAUUAUUGUCAUUUUCUUAACCACCUUUCUCCUCUACACAAGCUUAAAAAGCAACAGUGGUGGUUCAUAUCGUCAGAUACUACUCUCUCUCUAGAAACCUUCGUCUACCUUUACUUUCUCUCUCUAAAAAUCUUCAAGCACAACAACAAUGAGGACAGCUAUGUUGAAAUCGAUCCGUUCAUCUCUUCAGAAAUCUUCCUCCACCGCCGCCGGCCGCCGGAGCUACUCAUCGGAAUCUGCACCGGAGCGUAAGGUUGCUAUUCUAGGGGCUGCCGGCGGUAUCGGACAACCGCUUUCACUCCUCAUGAAACUAAAUCCUCUUGUAUCUAGCCUCUCGCUGUACGAUAUCGCCGGUACUCCUGGUGUCGCUGCUGACGUCAGCCACAUCAACACCAGAUCUGAGGUGGUUGGUUACAUGGGUGACGAAAAUCUUGGAAAGGCAUUGGAAGGUGCUGAUGUAGUCAUCAUUCCAGCUGGCGUACCGAGGAAGCCUGGUAUGACACGUGAUGAUCUUUUCAACAUCAAUGCUGGCAUUGUUAAGGGUUUGUGCACAGCUAUCACCAAGUAUUGCCCACACGCACUGGUUAAUAUGAUCAGUAACCCGGUCAAUUCUACUGUGCCCAUUGCUUCUGAGGUCUUCAAGAAAGCAGGUACAUAUGACGAGAAAAGGCUGUUCGGUGUGACCACACUUGAUGUUGUCAGGGCGAAAACUUUCUAUGCUGGAAAGGCAAAGGUUCCAGUUGCAGGUGUUAAUGUGCCUGUUGUUGGUGGCCAUGCUGGCAUCACCAUUCUACCUUUGUUUUCACAAGCUACACCACAAGCAAACAACUUAUCAGAUGAAGAGAUAGUUGCUCUAACAAAAAGAACUCAAGAUGGUGGUACGGAGGUUGUGGAGGCAAAGGCUGGAAAGGGUUCUGCCACACUCUCAAUGGCUUAUGCAGGAGCGAUAUUUGCCGAUGCAUGUUUGAAAGGACUUAAUGGGGUCCCAGAUGUUGUGGAAUGCUCAUUUGUGCAAUCAAAUGUAACCGAACUACCUUUCUUCGCUUCCAAGGUGAGGCUCGGCAAGAACGGUGUAGAGGAAGUCCUAGGCCUGGGUGCACUUAACGACUAUGAGAAACAAGGUUUGGAAGCCCUUCUGCCUGAGCUAAAGUCAUCCAUCGAGAAGGGAAUCGCGUUUGCUAACAAGAGCUAAACAAAGCCACCUUUUCAUUUGCGCGCGCAUGAAUUAAGUUUACAAAAAGAAAUUGUCACAGUUUUGAACUUUUCAGGAGGCGCUAGGUUCAUAGUUCACUUACCUGCCCAAUAAAAAGGGAUGCAGAUGCUCCCCAUAUACCCUUGCAAAUUCCUAAGGAGUGUUAGUUUGUUUCAUUCUAUGGGCGUUUUCGUUGUUGUCUAAUAACUAUUUUCAUUCUAGUCGUCAAAAGUGAACGAUGCCUGUUUGGUUACAGGCUUUUAAGAACUCAUGAUCACUUUUUUAGCACACUCAGUAUCAUUUCUUUCCAAGUGAAUGUCUACACAGAGGAGACACCAAA